AUUUAAUUAAAAUUCGAUAAACUCAUUAUGGAUUCAACUAAAGACAGAGUAGAAGGAACAAGAGCCACUGUUAUCGAAAUCAUUGGAAGAACAGGUUCCAGAGGUGGCAUUACAUAAGUCAAGGUUCAAUUGGUUGGUCAAUAAAGAACCCUCAUUAGAAAUGUCAUGGGACCAGUGAGAAAAGGUGACACUCUUGAACUCAUGGAAUGCGAAAGAGAAGCCAGAAGAUUAAGAUGAAAUAAGUACAUUACAUAUACAAUUUGCCAUAUAUUUAAUUAUUUCUUUA